AUUCAGGCAUCUAGUGAGCAUAUCUUUGUGGAGUGCACCCCUCUGUACCUCAUCACCACCGGGGCUUGCUCACUUUGCCACCUUCCGUCAUGUCUGCCUGUUCCCCUGCUGCAGUCCUGGCCGCUGCUGUCAUCAUGGCUGCCCUCUGCGGCGCCUGCUGCGGCUCGAAUGUGGCUGCCGACUACGUCAACACGUGGGUCAAUGAGGGUGCUGUGGGAGCUGACAAACCGCCGGCAUUGAGCAAGGCCGCGGCCGUGCGCUACGGCAGCGAUGUGGUGAUGUUCGGCGGGAAGAAGAGCGAUGAUGCAACGACGUCGUUGAUGUACAAGUUUGUGACGGCGACGCAAGAGUGGCAGCUCGAAGUGUACAGCGGCGCAGGUGCUACACCUGCUCCACGGUACGGGCAUGCGAUGGUGGCGUCGGUCUCCUCGCCGCACCUGCUGUACGUGUUUUCCGGCUGCUCGUCGGCUGCGUGUACGCCGGCGACAUCGUCGGCCGACAUGCUGCCCUUUUCGAACGUGUACAUGCAGUACAACCUGGUAACCAAGAAGUGGACGUCGCUGUCGGCUACCGGGACCAUUGUUGAUCCGCGGUUUGGCGCCCUUGUCCUGCCGUGGGUUGACUCGCGCUCGCCGGAUACGCUCGAUUCGGAGUACUUUGUCAUCUACGGUGGGUACACGCCGGCGACAGCCAAGAACGACAAGGUCUACUUGUUCCAGGUCUCGUCAGGCCAGUUUACCGAGCUUCCGAUUCUGCCGUCGCCGUCAAACCCGCCACCGCUGGCCGAGCCGGCAGGCAUUGUGGUCGACGACGUGCUGUAUGUGUUUGGCGGGCACGCGUACACCGGAACGGCAUCGUACUCGAACACGGUGUAUGCGCUGGAUCUGCAGACCAACACGUGGUCGAUUGUGGCGACGGCCAACACGCCUUCGCCGCGCGCCGGCGCUGCCUUUGGCACCGUCGACGGAACCUCGCUCCUCAUCCAUGGCGGCUACACCGGAACCACGCUCCUUGGCGAGACUGCUGUGCUCAACGUGACUGCGCCGACCAAGACCUGGUUCUCGCUGGCUUCCGGUGCCGGACGCGGCGGCACCGCGUCGGCCGUCGCCAUGCACAACCUCUUUGUCUUUGGUGGACACACGGGCACCGUCCGCCCGGGCACGCUUUCGGGCGACGGGCUGACGUACUUUACCCGCCCACAGGUGCUCUCGUCGAGCCCGAACAGCGGCAAGACGUGCGCGCAAAAGACGGUGACGGUUGUCGGGCGCGAGUUUCGGCCUGGCGCCGUCUGCGCCUUUGCCGGCGUUACCACGCCGGCGACGUACGUGUCGGCGACUAGCGUCACCUGCCCGGCAGCCAUUCCGGUGGUGGAGAACUCGGUGUCGAGUGUUGAGGUGAGCGUCGGCAACGUGGCGCACCUGCUUGCAGCGCCGCGUGCUGCGGUGUCGUACCUCUACGCUGAGGACGUGUCGUCGCCGGCGACGACGCGCGCCAUCGGCCUGCCGACGGCCGGUGAGGCCGGCACCGUUGUCCCGUUCCAGAUCCAGACUUCGGCCUCGUGCGGCAUCGAGCGGCUGACACGGUUCCUCGAUCCGCCGCUCACCGGCAACAACGACAACGUGACGCUUGUGGUCACCGACGUGAACAACGCUGCAGUCAUGUACUCGGUCCCUGUGGCCUUUGAUGCCGACCCAACGACGUUUGGGCGGUACACGGCAGCGCUCAACACUACUGUCGCCUCGGUCUACAGGCUGCACAUUAUUCUCAACGACGUCCCGGUUGCCGACGUGCCAGAGCUGACGAUUGCGCCGGCGCUGCCCGAGGCGGAAGCGGCAGACACCUUUAUCACGCCGCCGGCGGCGACGACUUCGGUGGCCGGCACGCCGAUUGUCUUUUACUUUGCCGCCGUCGACGCGUUCGGCAACGACGUGACCAACCCAGAGCUCUUUACUGCGGUCGCCGUUGUCAACCCGCGGGUGUCGCUCACCGGGGUCAUUGGCUCUGGGCCGGGCACUUUGCUCAAGGUCACGUUCCCGACAACCACGACCGCUGGUGCGUACGCGAUCACCGUCCGGACUGGGCACGACGCCGGGCUUGUCGGAAGUUAUACGCAUACGGUCGAGCCGGCGGCUUUCGACGUCGCCUCGUCGACGGCGUUUGGAGAGACCUCCAUCGGCAAAGUCGCCGAGCGCAACGUCAUCUACAUCCAACCGCGCGACCGAUUCGGCAACGCACGGGUCGAGUCCGGUGUCGACUUUACCAUGACGCUCGUGGGCUCGUCGUCCAUCUCGGGCACCGUCUCAGAGAACACCGCUACCGGCCUGUACGAGGCCGAGUACACGGCGACCCGCGUUGGUCAGUACGCCAUCGAUAUUCAGGUCGGCUCGACCGCCAUUGUCGACUCGCCGUUCUCGGUCACCAUCAAGGUUGGCUCGGUCCAGUCGAUUCGCGACACCCGCGCGUUUGGCGCCGGCGUCCAGUCGGUCGUCGCCGGCAAGAAGGGCUUCUUCCUCGUCCAGGCUCGCGAUCCGUACAACAACCUCGUGCCCUUUGGCGGGCUCAACCUCACCGUGACUUCGGCUGCCAUCUCGGACGCCUCGGUCCUUGACCACGGUGACGGCUCGUACUCGGUCUCGUACACCGCCAAGCACCUCGGCCACUUUGGCGACCAGAAGCUGUGCGUCACCCAGGGCGGCGACCACAUCCGCGGCUCGCCGUUUGAUCUCAAGGUUGAGUUUGGCGUUGCCCACCGCCGCUACCGCUACAAGAUGCUGAUGCGGAACCCGGACAAGGUCUUCCCCACCGUUGAGGACGACCACGACGAGAACGACCCUUGGGUCGUCGAUCCGGACUGGGCAGAGGGCGGUGUCCCACUUGACGACAUCGGCCUCGACAUGGACCCGGAUGCAGGCUUUGGCGUCAACGACCUUGUCUCUGACUUUCACGAUACCCCGGCCAUUGCCGCUCCGCCGUCCUCGGCCGCCUCGGCCGACAACCACCACGACGCCACGGGCAUUCCCAUGGCCAACCUCUCCCGUACCUAG